GACCGACCGAACAAGGGGCUUUGAUGCCAACCCCCAGUGGGCGCACAAAACGCCCGUCACGCCCAUGUCCCCACUCUCCAUGCACAACUCGUGGACGGAACGGUGGAGGCACGCCGCACGGCGCUGGAUGAGGCGAUAUUUACCCCGGGCGGAGUCGCGGCCGAGCAUAACGACGUCGACGUCAGAGAAGCUCUCCUCGCUCACGACCAUACCCUCCCCCGCGACGCUGCGAUUCAUCGUCCUCUGCGGACUAUGGUACACUACCUCCGCGCUCUCGUCCAACACGGGCAAAGUCAUCCUCAACCAGUUCCGCUACCCCGUCACCCUCACCAUCGUCCAGUUCGCCUUCGUCGCCGCGUACUGCAUCAUCGCCAUGUCGCCUCUCGUCAGGUUCAGCCGGUUCCGGACCCCAACGCGAGCCAUCAUAAGGACGACUCUGCCCAUGGGCAUGUUCCAAGUGGGCGGCCACAUGUUCUCCAGCAUGGCGAUCUCCCGCAUACCCGUCUCUACCGUGCACACCAUCAAGGCACUAUCCCCGUUGUUUACCGUAGCUGCCUAUGCCCUCCUCUUUGGAGUUAGCUAUUCCUUCAAGACGUACAUUUCGCUGCUACCCUUGACCGUCGGCGUCAUGCUCGCCUGCACCUUCGAUAUGAGCGGGUCGAACAUGCUCGGUCUGCUAUGCGCAUUUGGCUCCGCGAUCGUCUUUGUCUCCUCCAACAUCUUCUUCAAGAAGGUCAUGCCGUCCGGCGGGCAGACCUCGUCGCACAAGCUGGACAAAACCAACCUCCUCUUCUACUCCUCCGGCAUGGCCUUCCUGCUCAUGAUCCCGAUCUGGGUCUGGUCGGACCUGCCGUCGCUCAUGGCCGGCGCGGAGGCGGCGCACCCGAGCCACGGCCACUCGGCGCCGCACGGCGUCGCGUACUACUUCUUCAUGAACGGCACCGUCCACUUCGCGCAGAACAUCAUCGCGUUCAUCAUCCUCGCCUCGGUCUCGCCCGUCACGUACUCGAUCGCGUCCCUCAUCAAGCGCGUCGCCGUCAUCUGCAUCGCCAUCGUCUGGUUCAACCAGUCGGUGCACCCCGUCCAGGGCGUCGGGAUCGGCAUGACCUUCUUCGGCCUCUGGAUGUACAACAACGCGAAGGGCGACGUCGAGAAGGGCGAGAACAAGAUGAAGAUGGUCGAGGCCGUGCGCGAUAUGCGUCUGCCGACGACCAAGGCGGAGCAGCGCGUGCUCGAGGGCGGCGAGUCCCCGCCGCCGGAAUACGUGCCCGAGGAGAGCCGCGCGGUGGGCGCCACGACCGGAGCGUACGGUGCCUACGGCCGCUCGCGCGGCCGGUCGAUCAUGCAGCCCCCGCCGACCGCGAGCUACAAGCCGUACGAGCUCCCGCAGCCGUCGCACCACCAGUCGCAUGCCGCCGGCCUGCAGAUCAAAAUACUGCCCCCGACGGCGGAGAACCCGUCGUCGUACCCGUCCCCGCCGCCGUCUCUGGACUCGCCGCCCUCGCACUCGGCUGCACUACCACAGCCCAUCGCCGUCGGCUGAAGAGCUCGCGUGGUUAUAUAUGACGAUGAUCAUGACGAUUUGCAUAGACGGAGCGAUGCGCCGCGUAUCACCACGAUGGACACGAACUUCUUGCAUGUUAUUGGUCUCCUUAAUGCAUUUUUCGAUAUCUCUUCUA